AAAAAACUACAAUAUGAGGUACGCCUUCGAUCUCAUGGACCGUCUUGACUUUUCAUACUGCAGGUGAAAUAAAAGCUCACAGAAUUGUGUGUGACAGUAGUCUGAGCAAGGACAGAUUCGUGAUGGGUGACAACAGGUGCAGUAACGGUGUCCAGCAGAAAGGCAAGAUGUUGUCAGAUGCUCAGCUCUUUGAUUUGGAGUUUGAAAAGUUGGUGUCUGAACUUACAGAGCAGGACUUCACUGAUCCAGUUCUCACUGAUGCCCUCAACAGACUCAGAGAGGUGCUUCGGUACAAUGCUCCUGGAGGCAAGAGAAACCGAGGCUUGUCUGUGAUUGGUUCGCUACGGGAGCUGGUCUCUCCUUCUGAACUGCCACCUGAUGAAGUUCACAGAGCCCUUUUGGUUGGAUGGUGCAUUGAACUGCUUCAGGCUUUUUUCUUGGUGUCUGAUGACAUUAUGGAUGCAUCCCUGACAAGAAGGGGUCAACCCUGUUGGUAUAAGAAGGAAGGUAUUGGUCUGGAUGCCAUUAAUGAUGCUUUUCUCCUGGAGGGGGCGAUCUACCGCCUUCUUCGCAGACAUUGCAGAGGACAGCGCUACUAUGUCCAUCUUCUUGAGCUUUUUACUGAGACUUCUUUCCAGACAGAGCUGGGUCAAGUUCUAGAUCUGAUGACAGCACCUCCAUACAAAAUUGACCUUGAUCGCUUCACCAUGGAGAGGUACAAAGCCAUUGUGAAAUACAAAACCGCAUUCUACUCCUUUUAUCUCCCUGUGGCUGCAGCCAUGUACAUGGCAGGGAUUGAAAAUGAGACUGAACACAACAAUGCUAAAACAAUUUUACUUGAGAUGGGAGAGUUCUUUCAGAUACAGGAUGACUACUUGGAUUGUUAUGGUGACCCCGCAGUGACUGGAAAGAUUGGCACGGAUAUCCAGGACAACAAAUGCAGCUGGCUGGUGGUGACCGCACUGGGCAUCAUGACACCUGAACAGAGGGCAGAACUAGAGGCAUGUUACGGACAUAGUGAUGCUGAAAGUGUUGAACGGGUCAAGGCUUUGUAUGAUACUCUGGAAUUGCCUAUCCGAUACCAUCAACAUGAGGAGGAGAGCUAUCGCCGUCUUCAAAAACUCAUCCAGCUGCAUGCCAAGAAUCUGCCUCCCGCUGUGUUUCUUAAUUUUGCCAAGAAAAUAUAUAAGAGAAACAAAUAAGCCAUGGUUCAAAGAAAGGAAAGGACUUCACUAGUGGAUUUUUAGGCACACAGACUUGGGUGAAAUAAAGAUGCAGGGAGGGAUUUUAGUGGUUGAGUAAAUAUGUAAAUGGUAGGUUUUAUCCGCACUUUAAAUAUACUGUCAAGAGUUGAAUUAUUUGUCAUAACUAUUUGUGUUUUCCCCUUUUAUUGUUGCAGAAAAAUACAAUAUGUUGAUUCAUAGGUCUUCCACAUAUUGCACAUAUAAACAACACAUGUCAGUGUUUCAUUGGGGUGUAUAU